GAGGACCGUCAAAGAACCCAGAAACCGAAUAUUCCACGGAGAUGAGAAGGACGUAGGAUUUUUGCGACGUACAGGCGUCCUCCUUCCGCUUCCGCACGGAAGGGGAAGAUACUGUCGGAAUCGGCAUCUUCCCCUCCAGUCCCUCGCUCUACCACCAGCAGCAACCGCUGUCGGAGGAGGGCGUGGUUUGGGGAAGUGCCGCAGCGGGAGGAGAUAAAGCGUUCUCCAAUCUUCCAAUCCCCUUCGGCUGCCACUUGUUCUAGUAUCUAGUUAGUCGUGAACCUUAAAAUAGGUUAAAUAAAUACAUGGGAGUCCAAGAAGAUUCUAGGCCUUCUGGGGCCCUGGGUGGCCUAUACAGGGUACAGUUCGUGGGCCGGUCAAUAUACAGUGAUGACGAAGCAGUCAAGACUAGCAUUAUGGAUUCUUCAACUUGUGAACCACAAGAGGAUAAUGGCUCCGGCCGGCGUUUGCUAAUCUGGAGAUUAUGGCAGCAAAGACCCCCAUGCUUGAAGCCCAUACACUGUAGCCUCUCAUGCGAUAAACAUGUUGGUGAAACUAUUGCAAAUGUUGUUACCUCACUUCCUUUCAUUGUUCUUGGACUGCAAACACCAAGAAAGAACUUGAAUACAACACUUUAUGCUAACUCAUUGAUUGGAGUUGGAAUAGCUUCUAGCUUGUAUCAUACUUCACGGGGAGACAUCAGAAAAUAUUUGAGAUGGGCAGACUAUACAAUGAUUGCCACUUCAACUCUAACAUAUUUCAUGCAGUGCUUAUCAAGAGCCCUUCGGGAUGAGAAUCCAAAAUUUCUGAUGGCAGCAUCAACAUUGCUCCUACCAUUUCAACCCCUGAUGGUUUCAGCUGUCCACACUGGGAUAAUGGAGGCAAGUAGUUCAAAGCUCAUGGCAUCCUACUCUGAACACAAUAAACGAUAGUUUCAUUUGCUAAACGAGCAUCAAUAGAUCCAGAGCUCAAGACGGCACAUAACCUACACAAGAUAUCGUCUCUCCUGGGAGGUGCGCUAUUCGUCGCUGAUGAUGUCUUCCCACAAACUUCCUACCUCCAUGCAGCAUGGCAUUUAGCUGCAGCGCUGGGUGUCGGCACAUGCAACAAGCUGCUUGAGUGACAAAGGAAGCAAGAUGCAAGACGAGUCCGUGAAGGCCUUCAACCUUGCUGCUACUGCUGUUAUCAACAAGCUGUUGAUACUGAUUUAUCAGCAUGUCCUCACUAAAUGCAGAAUACGGUGCAGUUCCAUUGUUUUACGUUGAUCCGAACAUUGGAGGAAUCCUCGAGACAGAUUAAUGCACCAGAUAUUAGAUUACCUGGCAUCAGUUUGUUGCCUGUAUUUGUUGUAUGCUAUUGUAUUGUUUGUGCCAACAUAAACUAAAUACUGUUUGAGAAUCAGAUGUGUAUAUAUAUAGAUAGAAACUUUGGAACGUCGUUUGGAUUCUAUUCUGCAGAAAUCAAUUGAAGUUUAGCAUCAUAUUUA